AUGUGCAUGCGCUGCUCGCACGAUCAGAGCCAGGAGCCGGCGGACUACGAUGACGAGGAUGAGGACGAGGAAGACGAUGACGAGGAUGAGGAUGCGGCCAGCAAACAGCAGCAACAGUCAAGCAGCGCCGGCAGCGGCAGCGGCAGCGGCAGUGGCAGCGCUGCCAGCGAACGACGCAAAUAUCGCCACCAGAACUACAGCAAGAACAUCUACAUUGGCACCAAGAACGCCGAGAAAUGGGAGCACAUGCGCACCCGGCUGCAGUUCAAGAACGACGUCGAGUUCGUCGCCUACCUCCUGAAUCUGGCCGAUAACGAUACGGAUCGGCUUAACAACCUGCCGCCACCAUCGCCGGCACACACGCCCACCAAGGGAUUCGAUGGAAACUUCAAGCUGGAACCGAAUCUGAGCGUGAAAGACUUUGCCCCACCGCCAGAGAAUGGCAACGGAAAUGGCAAUGGCUGCCUCGAGUCCGGCGGCCCGUCCGUUGCCAUGGCCACGCCCACGCCGACGCAGCGCAAGCGCUACAAGAAGCGCGUUCAGUUCACCACCGACGCCCUCAAUGGCUAUGCCGGCUCCAAGGCCAAGGGUGGCGCUGGUGCUGGCGUUGCAGCUGCUGGCGCUGUCGCAGCCGGCGGCUACAACAACAAUAAUAAUAACAACAACAACAACAACAACAGCUUUGGCACAACAGUCAAGUCAAAGAAGCAGGAGGCCAAAGCGGCCGCGGCUGCCCUGAAGGCAGGCGCAGCGGCAGCGGCAGCUGCAGCAGCAGCAGCAGCAGCCUCGUCGGCACUGCCCGAGGUGCUCGACUGUCGCAUCGCGGAAAAGAUCAAGAGCGAACUGGAGGCCUGCAGCAAGGAAUCCCUGCCAAGUGCACUGUGUCUCAAGAAGGCUGCUGCAGCUGCCGCAGCCGCUGCAGCGGCAGCGCGUCACAGUGACGACGACGAGGACGAAGAGGACGACCAUCAUCAUCAGGCACAUCAACAGCAACAGCACCAGCACCAGCAGCUGGCGGCGCCGACUGCCACGGGCGCCGCACACAUCUCCACGGCAUCGGCCGCGCUGGUGGGCACUGGCUGCGGCGGAGCGGACAUGGUGGAUGCCAGCAGUGCCAGCAACGGGCAGCUGGGCAACUUCCAUGUGCGAACCAAGAGCCAGGCGGGCAGCAAGAAGUCGCAGUCCGCGAAAGCAGCUGCUGCAGCGGCGGCGGCAGCAGCAGCUGCAGCGGCAGCCAUGAUGCCGCCGAACAGCUAUGAUGAGCCGGAAGAUGAUUCGGCUGUUGGGCCGGGCGAUGAUGAUGACGAGGACGAUGAGGAGCUGGACGAGGAGGCGCUGGCGCGUGAAAUGAAAAUGGAGCAGAACUUUGUGGAGGAGGAGGAUGAGCAUGAUAUUGCGUUCCGAUCGCAGCAAUCCUGCCGCGAGUGCUCCAUCUCACAUGACCACAAGCUGUGCCCGCUGCGCAAUGCCUGCGGCAAUGUAACGGACGCAGUGGAUCUGGCUGAGUGGAUCGAGCGGCGCAAUCUGGAGGCUUUGGCUAAGCUAAAGGCGGACGCACAGCGCCAGGCCAAGGUGGGCAGGCCGCGUCACGAUGACGAUGAGGACGACAUGGAGGACAUGGACAUGGACGAGUCUUCGCAAUUGUCCGAACUGGAGACCAAGCCGCUCAUUACCUUCGCCGAGGCCUCGGUGCCCGCCGAAUUCGAGCUGCACAACGUGGAGCCCAAUGUCACCGGCGUCUUUGCCCGCACCGAGGUCCGUGCCUACACCAAACUGGGCCCGCUCAUCGGCCAGCCGGUGCAGAGCGGCGAGGUGCGCGAGGGCAGCGACAUGAAGUGGAUAUUCGAGAUGUGCGAGGCCGGCGCCGAUAAAUCCUAUCUGCUCUGCUGCGAUAAUCCCAACGCAUCCAACUGGCUGCGCUUCAUCCGGCCCGCGCCCAGCUACGAGGAACGCAAUGUCAAUCUCGUUUCCAUCGAUCGCCAGGCCUACUUUGUCAGCUGUCGUGAUCUUCGCAACGGCAUGGAGCUGCUCUACUGGAGUGACGACUGCAACACCAUGUGGCGCAAGAAGCACACAGAGAAGACAAACUGCGGUGGCUGCAAUUUGAAGUUCGAGCAUCCGCUUUACUAUCGCACACACUGCUCAGUUUUUCACGAUCCAUCGAUGAGCCUAACCAUACGGAAGUACCACUGCAAGGUGUGCGGCGAGGCGGUUCUGGGCAAGGACAACAUCAUGAAACAUGCGGCCGAGAAGCACGACGGCAAGGGCGCCUAUCAGUGCCAGUUCUGCAACAAGUUUUUCCUACGCCUCAACUAUCUGGAGAUGCAUCGCACCUACGGCUGUGCCUCGAACCCGAACCGAUCGCGGCCGGUCUGCGAUUUCUGUGGUCGCAAAUUCUGUCAGCCGCAAAAGCUGAAGGCGCACAUUAAGCGCGUCCACAGUGAUAUGGCUGAAGUUUUACGAGAUUUUCAGUGUAAAUUAUGUUCAAAACUUCUAGGAUCGCGUGCGGCAUUGCAGCGCCACUCGAAGGAGGUGCACAGCCGCAACUCAACAGUGGUCAGUUGUCCGCGCUGCCAGAAACUCUUCCAGAAUCGCAGCAAUCUGAAGAUCCACAUGCUCACGCAUUCGGGCGUGCGUCCCUUCAAGUGCGCGGAACCAGAGUGCAAUGCCGCCUUUACCACGAAGCAGUGCCUACAGUUCCACUACAAGAAGGUGCACAACUAUACCCAGGAGCAGAUGCCGAAGAUUGAGCGCAGCGUGGCCUACACUUUCGAUGCCUACUCGGGCGGCAUGAAGGUGGACUUUUUGGGUAAGCCAGUGGGGCAGGCGCAGUUGGGUGUACUAGCGCCACGCCCUAACGCUGCCCUCUCCUUCACAGAGCAAGCACCGCGUCGGCGACGCAAGAGCCUCGAGGAUCAGAACCAGAACUCGAUGCUCAGCAGUUCGAUGCAAAGCGACACCGAGUACAGCGACGACAAUAUAUUCGAGGCCAUUAAGAAGAGCGGCAAAUCCAUCAAGGAUCUGUGCCGCAACGAGCCAAAUCUUUCACUGCUCAGCUCCAAGAUCUCCAGCAUAUUUGGUGAGAAGGUGCCACCUGUGCAACAGGUCUCGGGCCAGGUAAGCGCCGUUGUUGGCGCUACCGCAGCUGGCACUGGACGCAAACGCAAGCGGAAGAAGGAACCGGCGAUCCCAUCUCUCACCGCCCAGCAGCAGCAGCAGCAGCACCAGCAACAACACCAACAGCAACAGCUGCAGCAGCAGCAGCAACAACAUGCCCAGCAGUGCCACCAGCAGCAGCAGCAGCAGCAGCAGCAACAGCAACAGCAGCAGCAGCAGCUUCACGGCGGACAUCUGGAUCAGUCGCCCUCGCAUCUGUCCCAUCAGCAGCACCAGCAGCAGCCGCAGUAUCAUGCGCACAGCCACGCCCACGCUCAUGUGCAUGCACACGCCCACCAGCAGCAGCAACAGCAGCAGCAGCAGCAGCAGCAACAACAACAGCAGCAGGCGGCCGCGCACCACCAGCAGCAGCUGCACGAUGCCGACGAGGAGGAGGAGAGCGCGCGUCUGGAGCAGGUGCGUCGCAAGCAGAACGCCCAGCUCAGCCUGGUCGAGUCGUUCCUGACCACCACAGCACAGCGGCUCAGCGCUCAGCAACAGGUGCAGCAAGUGGUCGCUGCCGCGGCCGCUGUCUCGGCCAUGGCCGGCGCUGGCGAGGAUCCCGCCAAGCUGGGCCACAUGAUGGGCCACAUGGGCGGCGUGGGCGUUGGCCUGGACGAUGAUGACGAUGACGACGAGGACGAUGAGGAUGCCACAGCGCAUCACCUGCAUCACCAGCAGCAACAGCACCAGCAGCAACAGCAUCAACAGCACCACUCGCACCAGGCGCAUCCGCAUCAUGCGCACACGCAUCCCCAUCAGCACGGACAGCAGGCGGCACAGCAGCCGCACGAUGCCGGCUAUCGGCAUGCGGCCGCCAUGAACGCGGCCCUGGGCCAGAACCUGGUCGUCAGCAAGGGCAGCAAGAAGUGGAUCGGCGCCGAUGAUCGCCAUCUGAGCGAUGGCGGCGACGUGGCCAAUGAUGCAGCAGUCGGCGGUGCGGGCAGCGGCGGCGGCGGUGCUGGUGUUGUUGUCGGAUGCGGUCAGCUGUCAGGUGGCGGCAGUGCUGCUCAGGACCUCGGCUUCGCAGUGCCACCCAGCGCCGUGGACGAGCACAGCAAGCUGCUGGGCCAGAACCGCGACUUUCUGGCACGGCUCAUGAGCAGCGCCAGCGCAAGCCAUGCCAGCCAUCAGCAUCAGCAUCAGCACAGUGCGCACAGUCGCGAGGAGGACGAGAACAGCUCCUUCCUGGAUGUUGUCGAGUCCAACAACAAUGCGGCCGCCGCUGCAGCCGCCGCCGCAGCGGCCAUGUCCCAAUACCAUCACAGUGCGGCUACCAAUGGCGGUGCGGGCGCUGCUGGCGGUGCCGGCGGUGGCGGUGGCGCAGGCGGCGGUGCUGGCGGGCACACGCCCACCGGCCAUACGCCCACAGCGCCCAGCAGCGUAGAGCCGCCCCAAAUGCAAAUGAACUCGCUCAGCCACUCGCAGUCGUUCAUGAGCUCCUUCUACAACAACGCCAACGCAAGACUGAGCGGCGCCGGCGCUGGCGUUGGCGUUGGCGUCGGCGUUGGCGCCAACUCCUCCUCGGCCAGCAUGCUGGUGGAGGCGGCCCUCAACUCCGUUGGCAAUAUGAUUGACAACGAGAGCAGCGAUCUUAAGGUACCCACCGAGAACCACAUAAAUAGCGAUAGUCCGAUGAGCGCGCACGUGGAUGCGGAGGCGCAACGUUUUGGCAGCGGCGGCGGCGGCGGCGGCGGUGGGGGUGGCGGUGGUGGUGGCAGUGGGCCAAACGGUGCUGGCAUUGGAGCGACCAUGGACAACCUGGAGAAUGAGCUGAAGAUGAUGAAGAACCUGGGCAGCUUUCCCAUGCAGAUACCGCCAUUGCCUAUGUUCCAGGGCGCUUGCAACAUAUCGCCGAGCGCCUCGACGCCCACCAAUCCGCAGAGUAAUCAGAAUCAAAACGAUGUGGAUGUGGAUGCCGGCAGCACGCCGCGGCCGCAGCAUCCGGACUCCGAUGGUUUCUCGUCGUCGCACCAUCGCACACCGCCCUCGCCGCCGCCCAUAUCGCCGGGACGCGACUACGGCGGCAUGUUUGGCGCCGGCAAUGGUGCGGGCGGGCCCGGCUCGAACAGCACGCCAGCGGGCAGCUCCAGCGGCGGCGGUGCUCCAACGGUGGGCAACAAUUUGUCCGCAUCGUCGCCGCUGCCGGCGCUGCAGCCGCAGCGGCGGAACGCCUCCAGCGUGGGCAGCACAUAUCCCGAGCAUGAGCUCAUCUCGCCGGCCUCCUCGCCGAGCAUACCCCGCUACAAUUUCAAUGGCGAUAUGAUGCGGCACAAGCGCGCCGUCCAGGAGCAGGAGCAGCAGGAGCGACGCCACAACAUCUCGCGACACAAUCACAUGUCCAGCGACGAGGAGAACAGCAUUAUGCCACAGAACAGCGCCGGACAGGAUAUGCGCAUGAAGUUCCCGCAAUCGCAGAUCGAUCUCAUGUACUCCAAGUACGAGAGCAUGGCCAGCAAUCUGAAGUACAACAGCCAGGAGCUGGACUCCCCGGUCGAGUACCGGCAGAGCAGCAACAGCAAUGCGGCAAGCGCUGCAGCCGCUGCCGCCGCGGCAGCCAGCGCCGCCAAUGAUAUGUCCGAUCUGCAGGGACUGGACAUGAGUUCGCGGUCGAAUGCCUCGAGCAAUUACCAUCACAAUUUCCAGCUGCCAAGCAGUCGUUACCAUCACCACAUCUACGAUAUAUUGUCGGAUCGGGAACAGAACCAGCAGGCGCAGGCGCAGCAGCAGACCCCAGCCUCGGUGGUGCAUCAGCAGGAGCAUGGCAGCCAUGGCGGUCACAGCAGCCAGCUGGCCAUGCAGCAGCACCAGUCGGCGGCAAUGCACAACAUGCUGAGCGAACAGCUGGGCGAGCAGGAGCACGAUCAGACCACCUCGGUGGAUCUGAGCCGUACCGCCAACUAUGUGGUGUCGUCUCCGCCGCAGCUGCCCUACAAUCAUCCGCACCACGAUAUGCUGCGCAUGGCCUCGCUGGAUCUGACACCAAAUACGGCCAAUAUGGCCGUGGGCAAUAAUCGAUCGUUUCUGUCCUCGCAGAUGCAGCACCAGAGUCGCGAGAGUCUCGAGCACCAUCGGCUGCUGUCGACGGUCGAGCAGCAUCGCAUACUGGCCGCCUCGAAUGCGGCAGCGGAUCAGCAUCGACUGCUGGUCGAUCCCACCGCCCAUUUGCUGAUGGAGCAAAACAAUCGGCUGCUGGGCACCGCCGAUCAGUCCCGUCUACUGGGCGAAUCGGCAGCGGCAGCUGCCCAGAAUCGUCACAUGGCCAGAAGCUUUGGUGCCUACCAUCAGGUCGCAUCGAGCAAUUAUCAUCCGGGCGUACGGCCACCGCCGGUGCUGCCAUCCGCCAACCAUCAUGCUUCCAAUCCGUCGAAUUAUCAUCCGUUUCCCGCCUACUACUAGGUGGCGUCAUCGCUAACUAAAAAGCGGCCACACAAUGCCCAAUUCCCAGCCCCUCUAGUUUCUAUCCCACUAUAUAUAUAUAUAAGUGUAUACAGAUCAGAUGGAUCUAACAUAUAUAUAUAUAUAUAUACAUAUAUGUGUGUGUAAUCUGAAUAUACGCUAGAUAUACGAUCAUUUAAUUAUUUACUAACAGCUGCCAGAUGCGUGAGGCGAAACGGAUAUCCAGCAGAAGGACCUACACCUACAUCUAUAUAUACAUAUAUAGCUAACCGGGACUGUGUGCAAUUCAAAUAUCAGAUAGUAUAUGUAUAUGUAUGCAUAUGUAUGUAAGCCUGUACAUUCGCCUGGCAGCAGCUACCUAUCUAUGUACGUUUACUAAUCGCGAAUCCUUGAUUCUAUAUAGUUCAAUUUCAAGCGCAAAUGCAUCUAAAUAUGUUUCAAACGUAA